UACUUCAGGGCCAUGUUUUCAAGUGACAUGGCGGAAAUUCGUCAGAAGACGGUUGUUUUACAGGGUUUGAAUGCUGUCGCCUUUGAGGAGAUCCUGAGUUACAUCUACUCAGGAACCCUCCGUGUGACUCUGGACAAAGUGCAGUCCCUGUACCAGGCAGCCAACCUCCUCCGACUGAGCUAUGUGAGAGACACCUGCAGCAGCUACAUGGUUAAAAACAUGGAAGUGGAGAGCUCCAACUGUGUGAACUUGUACAAGUUUGCUGAUGUCUUCUCUCAGGAUAUUGUCCGGGGUCGUUGUCAACAGUGGAUCAUCAAGCACUUUACUGAGGUUAGUCUUUGUAAUGGUUCGAACGAGCUCCUCUUCAUGAACCCUCGCGAAGGGAAGUACAUCAGCUGCAGCUACAAGCCAGAAGACAUGCCUUGGAUCUCGGCCUUGACAGUCACCAGUGAUAACGACAUCUACAUCCUGACUCCUAAUGACGAAGUGCAUAAGUACGAUCCAAGCGAGGACAGUUGGUGGCAGCUUAGCUCGCCCAAACUCCUUCUACAUGUCAGCAGUGCCGUUCACAUGGAGUCAGAGAUUUUCUGGGUAGAUGAGGACUUCAGUCAGACUAUUGUGUACGAUACAUGCUAUGCCUCCCUCCCCACCAACUAG